UGUAGGAGUAGUAUCAUAGGCGACGCUCAGGAGUACCGCUAUACUUGUAGUGGAUUACUGCCAGGUGGUCGCGACUGAAAGCUCAACUUAACUCGUAAAUUUACCGUCGACGCUGCUUAAUGCUACAGAAAGCGUUUACUGGUCACUCUUACGAUUAGGUUGGCCGCAGCUCGGGGGCCCGUCACAAUCGUCAUGGACACUGAUUCUCAGACGCGCGGUGCAUUCCCCCACCGAGUGCGAUUAUUUAAUUAUGAACGCGAUCUUAAGGACUUGCAGGAAAUAUGCGCGAACGUGUAUGGCGGUUCCGACUACCUUCCCCGCAUCGUCCACCGCAUCGUGGCCGACCCAGGCCAGCUGGUGCUCGCAGCGGAGUCGUCUGGGGACGCGGAUUCAACGGCGGAAGCGCCGGUGUCUGAGGAGGCAGGGGAGCAUGCAACAGGGGAGCCGGGGUCACAUGUGGAGGGGCGACAGGAGCAGGAUGGUCCGGGGCAGCAGCCAGGGCAGGAAGGGCAGCAGCAAGGACGGCUAGCCCCUCGGCAAGCGGCUGGAAGAGGAGCAGCACAGCGUAUCGAUGGCGUCAUCUGCGCGGAACGGCGCGGCGCCACCCUCUUCCUGUACGGCCUGCGGGUCCGGGAGGGCUGUCGGAGCCGGGGGCUGGGACACCUGCUGAUGGAGGCUGCAUGCACGCGGGGUCCGCAGCAGCUGGCAAACACCGCCGACGCCACGCCUCCGCCGCCCCUCGUCCCGCUCCAAACCCCCGGACCUGCCGUACCCUCCGAACAUGGUGGCUCCGAAACCGCAACCGCCGACAUUGUUGCUAUUCCCACUGCUGCUGCAAACGGAAAAGACGGUGCCCAUGGAUCGUCCAAGACGGUUACUGCUGCUUGCGUUUGCGGGCCCUCCGCAGUAAGGCACCUCAUCUCUUGUACGACAUCGUACAAUCCCGCACCACAGCGCAUCCUGGGGCGACAGUUGGAGGGGCCGUUGUGGCAGUUGGAGAUAUGGCCCGCGGGUCAGUCUGCCGCUGCGCAUGACGCGGCUAUGGCGGAAUGGAGCGCUACGGCAGCAGCUGCUGCUGCUGCCUCCGCUUCCGCUACUGAUGUUGCAUCGGUGGGAGCAGCGGUACAGGUAGCAGCUACGGCAGCGGAAGCAGCGGCGGCGGGGGAGGAGGAGGAGGCGAAAGCCCCGAGGCUCGAUCCACCCCACCUGUUAGACUGGCUGCCUGGCGCCAGAGCGGUCCUGGACUCCGAUGCGGCCGCAAGUGCGCUGUUGCCGUACUGGAGGCGUACGACAUGCGCCUCGGAGCUCCGUACUGCCGUAUCUAGCCUCUUGUACGGCAAUCCGUACGGGUAUGCGCGUACCGGUAUGCGGACACAUUGCUGUCGUACAACAUGCGUCGUACAUGCCAACGGUAACGGUUGGGGCCCCGGUUGCCAGGGUGGUGGUGAUAAGACAGGCAACAAUGGGAGGAGCGAGAGCAGGGAAAGCAGCGAAAGCAACGGCAGCAGCCGCGGACGCUGUAGCAGUUGUUCUUGCUGCUGCUGUCGCAACCACAUCAACGGCUGUGGAGGGGGAGGAGUUGAUGAUGACCCAGGCAGCGCCGGUGGGGGAUAUCGGUGCUGUCGCGGCGGCGGCAACGGAGGCGGAGGUGGAAUGGGCGAGGGCUCAGCGGAGGAGCCGCUCUUGUGGCUGCCAAUGCCCUAUGAGGUGUGGCCCCUGGACAGUGCCUUCGUGCUCCGGGAGCUAGAGGCGGGGAACAUCUGGCUGCUCCGGGAGGGCGGGGAGCGGGGGGCAGCAGCAGCAGCAGGAGGAGGAGAUGGAGGAGGAAGCAGCAGCGGCAGCAACGGUGCCGUGGAGCCGCCAGAAGGGCGAGACAGCGGCGGCGGUGGCGGUGGCGGAGAUGAAAGCGAGGGCAGCAGCAGUGGCGGCGAGGGCGAGGGCGAGGGCGGGGCAGUGGUGGGCAUCAUGCUGCUCACACAUUUUGGGACGUUCGGCAGGGUGUGCGCGGGCAUCCUGGCGCGUCACAACGCCGCCGCCCAUGCCGCCAUAGCACAUGCGGGCUCCCUCCACCCACACUUCUUGGCUAGCAUCCUUCGAGUCCCCUUUGCAGUAACGGCAGCGACAAACGCAAGAGCAGUCGCUGCUGCUGCUACGGUAGCAGGCGUGCCGUACCCGCUACCAGCGCUGUACGAGGCAACGGAAGGCUUCAAGGAUUUCUGGGUGUACGGCAGGAGUGUUUAGGCGCCCAUGGGGGUUCCUGUUUAGGCGAAAGGGGGGGGGGUACGAAAGAAGUGUGUUGGCGGGUUGCUGGGUACUGGCUGGGUAUUUGUAGGUAUUUGUUUGGGUGGUUAUAACUCAUUCCAAAAGGCGUUGAACUAACUGGUUGAUCAAUGGACGGGCCCUCGCUGGCUUGCAGUAACCCUGACCUCCCUCGUGCUCAUGACUGGUACAGUACCGGUGCCUCCACUAACCUCCUGCAACCGGUUUGACCCCAACCUUAAUCCUACUUCGUUACAUCAAUGGC